GUGUUUAUGUUGGAAGAAAGAGGGCCAAAACCGAGAUAUUUCAAGUUGUUUAUCUCAAAACUUAGUGGUUUGUUUCUCAAAAUAACAAGUACAUUGUGAUGAUGCAACUAUAUUUUUCCAAUUUAUAAGUAUAGAAUGAAUGAAAGUGUGAUGUAUUCCUUGUAUUUUGAAUAAGAAUUAUAAGGACUAAUUUUUCUUGUCGCUUAGCAACAAAAAAGCCAAGAUGGCGGAAUCCGAGACGAUGAGCAUUGACACUUCUACUGAGAAUCAAGACGAUCCUCUGCAAGACCUGUCAGAUGAGAAGAUUUAUACCCUCCUAGAAGAAACAAUUCGAGCUAAUGAUGUAUUACGUGCAGAGACGGAAAUGUUUGAGAAAUAUACCCACUAUGUGGAACCAAAAGAGGCGGCACAAGUUCAAACUGCAAUGUCAACAAGUUCAUCAAUGUCACAGCAUGAGAUGGGACGUGGUAUUGGGAGGAAACGAUCAAAGUCACGGAGUAGUAAUAUGGACAAAGCACUCAGAUUAACAGCUGAACAAAAAUGUGACAUUGCACAGCGGGAAAUUGAGGAAUCUAGAGAUGUUGUUGAAAAACUAAAAGAUGAUUCAGAAAAAGUUUUAGAUACAUACAAGGCAAUAAUGGAGGAAGCUGAUAUGCGAUUGGCUGAAAUCAAGAAGACAUCAUAUGAGUUUGAACGUGACAUAGUCAAGGGAUCUACACAGGGGCGAACAGGGAAAGUCAUUGCUGAAAAAGUUCAACGAUAUUUUGAAGACAGUAUAAGAUCUAGGGAUACGCUCAUAGAAAAACUUAGGUUGAAGAAUGCCACAUUAAAAGUUCAAAAGAAAAAACUCCAUCUACAACUAAAACAGAAAGAGGAAAUGGGAGAGGUUCUACACGAGGUUGAUUUCAACCAAUUAAAAAUUGAAAACAGUCAAUAUUUAGAAAAAAUUGAUGAGAGGAAUCAAGAUUUGUUGAGGCUGAAGUUAAUGGCUGGCAAUACACUACAGGUUUUAAAUUCAUAUAAGAAAAAAUUAAACACACUUACAAUGGAGUUUGACAGACUUAAAUCAGAGAUUUCUUCAAGAGAUGAGCUGCUUGGUCGUAUUGAUGUUGAAACCCUCAGUGUUGAAGAGGAAAGAAGUAAAGCUGAGAAGAUUAACAGGAAGCUGAGGCAACAACUUGAGGACUACAGGGUGCCACAUGUCAUGGAAUAUGUCAACGAGAGAGCAGAUAUGUAUGAAUUAAGUAAAAAAGUCAGAAGUUGGGAAAGAAAAGUGGAAAUUGCAGAGAUGGCGUUAAAAACUCACAGAAAGACAUGGAAGCAAAUGAGGAUGCAAGGCAUGCAAGGGAACCCAUGGCCCCUGGAGGCAAUGUAAUACCUCCAACACACAGUCCUAGGAACCUCUGAUCCUUGAUGAUAGCUAUGUUGGACCUCAUCACCAAAACCAAACAAAAUGAACUUACAGUUUCUCUAUCAUAGGCACUUUAUGCCAUUUGCUUUUUUUGAUGAAACAGACACAUUGGAUUCACAUUCAUUCACAAUUAUUCCCAGUAGGAAAAUUAUAAGUGGACACCUAAAAAUUUAUGUCAGUCACAUUAUACAGUUAUGUAUAUGAAACGUAUGGUUUUGUGUCAACAAUUUCUAGAACCAUGGAGUUUACACUAUAGACACCCGACUUGAGCAGAAAUGUGAUGACUUGAGUCGUUCGAGGUAUAACAUAUGUCUGAUGUAAUGAAAUAUUGAAAAUAACUCCAAAAACAAUAUAAUCAAUGAUUCUCAGUCAGAUCUUUAGUUCAAAUGGUUCAAAGAACUGAAUGACAGUACAGUACACUAUACUUGCAAUAGUCUUGUUUGGUCUGGCUACACAAUAUUAGGACAUAAGAAAUGUAAAUAAUGUACAUUCAACACAACAAAUGUAUAAAGUGUACAUAUUAAAUAUUAUGGUAAAGAAUAAACACAUACAUGUAU